AUGCCUCAAACCGCCGACAACCUGCUCAGCGACCCUGAGAUCGCCACUGCUUACGAAGACGUGCGUUCCGAUAAGUCAGCCACAACAUGGAUGGUGCUCAAGUACAUUUCCGGCACUUCCGAUGCAUUGAAGCUGGAUUCUACUGGUGAAGGCGAUAUCGCAGAAAUGGUGGAGCACCUUGGAGAUGAUGAAGCUGCGUAUGCUUUUGUAAGGAUGACCGUUGGGAACGAUGAGCUCUCGCAAAGAGUCAAGUUUGUCUUCGUCUCAUGGUGUGGUCCCAACACAAGAGUCAUGCGCAGAGCAAAGAUGACCACGCAAAUUGGUCAAGUCAAGCAAGUUUUGCGAAGCUACGCCAUCGAGAUUCAGACCGACAGCAAGACCGACCUCAAGGAGGCAGAGGUUACCAUGAAGUUGAGAAGGGCCAUGGGUGCCAACUACGACCGUCAAGCAUCAGGCUACUAA